UCAGCCUGUAGGCGGACUCUCCACCACGUCAAAAGACUUCACCAAUCUGUCUGGAGUGAAACAAGCAGACUGCCAGCCCAUCCUCAAGUUUCACUACACGCUUGGCCGUUACACACAUACACACACACACACACCCAGAGCUCUGUAGUUGGACUGAAAACACUUCAUUUCAUGCACUGGAUUAGAGAAACCUUGGAUUUUUGCUCCAUAUGAGGAAGAAAAUCUUGAAAGCACCUUGUCUCCUCUUGAGUCUGUUCACAAGUCUGAAUCUCUGUUCUGGGAAAUUUGGGGCACCGAUAACUGAUGAUGUGAGCAAGCUGUCAUUAUUGAAGCAGAAUAUCCCCUCUGAUUAUGAGAUUCCUGUUCAUUACAUUCCCAAAGAAGUGGCUGGCACGUGUUGGGUGGUGUUAAAUAUUUAUCCCUUGGAGCAAAGUCUUCGGAAACUGGCCAACAUGUUUGGUGCCAUCUCCUCCAACAAAGAAAACAUAAUGGUCUUUAUUGCAAUGCUGAAAAGUUUACGCUUCACCUUUGACCAUGAGGAGUUGGAAACAGCGAUGCAAGUCUUUCAAUGUCACUAUCGAGAAGGGAGUUUAAUCUCAAGUCUUUACUUUGACUACAUCAAAGACAUCUUACACGCUGCCACACAAGGAACCUCCAGCUUCUCCUGCAAACCCCCUCCAUGCCUUAAUUCACAUCAAACACCAGGUGGUCAUGAGGAUGGUCGUGAAUACAGCUGGUCCAAGAGAACUCCCUUACUUCUGCUGCUCAUCCCUGUCACAGCUUGUGUUGUCCUCAUAGUGUGGCUGGUCAAGUCUGGAAAGCUCUUACCAGCAUGCAACACCGAAAAUAGCCAAAUGGCCUCUUCAGACAUGAUCCCAACUGUGUCUAUCUCCAUCCCACUUGAAGCACUCACCCACGCUGCAGAUACUCAGCCAGCAGAGGAAGCAGCCCUUGAACGUGAAAGUGGAUGAACCACAAUUAACAUGCUGAACAGCAGCCUAACACUCUCUCUGCAGGUUGUUCUGUUAUUAGCAGAAGUGGGUUGGAUGUACCAAUGUGGUCUGACUCUCUGCCUUUCUCUGCUUCCACACAUCUGAGUGCAUGGACCUGAGCGAUGAGAGCAAACUCACCUGAUGGGAAGGAAAAAUCCCAGCACUUUGAAGAAUUAACCAUCUAAAAAACCAAAAUAGCUCACUGACCAGCGGUGACCCCGUGUCUAGAGAGGUGUUUUCAUGUUGUGGAAGUGUUUAACAGUGUUGUAACAGUAUUGUCCUGGCCUGUGCAGAAUAUGUUUCAUUCCUACUACUACCACUGGAGUCAUUCCUGGAGCGCUGCCAUGCUGCUCUUUAAAGCCACAAGCAAAGUAACCUUGAAGCCUCCACAGAAGCACGGGAGACCAGAGUCAUUGAAACACGGUCUAGAGGACUUUAAGUGUGAGAUGGGACUCCUGUUGUCAACUUGUUGCUGUGUGCUAGUGGUCACAGAGACUGCUUUGACUGUUGUUGGUAACUGUUACAGAGUCAACAAAUAGUCAACACACUGAAUCCCAGAUGAAGACAUUCAUAACAACACUAUCCUUAUUGAAAUGACAAAAUAUCACAACAAUACCCGGAAACAAAUUCAUCACAAGUAAAAGAAAUAAGAAAGUCUUGGCUCCUACUGGUUGUUGAUGUUAUUAUGAGCUGUCACAAGUUUCAAACCUGCUAGUCACAAACAACAUGCUGAGCAGUUCAACAAGCGUCCUACUUUGUGUAUCAAAGAUCUGACCAGAUGGCAGAUAGCCAUCGCCAGAGGCACUUUGAAUCCCAUCAUUGUAUUUCAAAGCUGUUACCCAGUGAUCUAUAGCUGCUGCUCAACCACAGUGAGUUUGUUGAGUUUUUAAGGCCUUAUUCACUGAGUCAAUCAUGUUCAGUCAUGAGAACAUGACUCCCUGAGUGUGAGCGCUGUUGUACUGUAUGUGUCAGAGAGAGGGAGCGAGAGACAGGACAGGCACAGCAAGGGAAAGUGAGAGAGAUACAGAUAGAUGGAUGGAUCGACGGAUGAGCUCAGUGAGCAGCAUAAGGAAGGCUUGUUCUCGUCACAAAAGAACUGGCCGUAGGCUGGAGGAAAUGCCACUUACAAACACGACUGAUGUCGGCAGAUCCCUAUGAAUCAAUGGGCUAAGAAUCUUUCCAGACCGCAGGCUAAGUGGUCUCAUCUACAGUGGUUGGUUAGUAUUUCGAUAACAAUUUUCUGUACACAGAUGAUUUACUUCCAAAAGUCAUCAAUGAAAUAUUGAAAGUCUACUACUUAUGUUUAUUAUUGUCUGUUUGGGACCAAAUUAGUAUGUUUUUUGUGAAAAUGUGUAUUUGUAUUGUGAAGUAUUUAUAUUUGCAUAUAAACCACUCAAAUGUUUGAUGAAAAUUUCCCAAAUGUAAUGUGUCAAAUGCAAAAACAAAUUCAAAGGGCAAGAUAAAACACUGUGAAGGCUCAUCAUAACUGUGGGGUAACGGAGUCCUUCGAAAAGAAGACUCUUCUCUUUGUUUUUUGGAGUUUAUCUGCAGUGCUUUCUUUUUUCUGAAAACAUGCAAAAAAAAAAAAAAAUUAAGUCUAGUUUGUAAUCAGUAAUAAGUCAUUUCUUUUUUGUCUACCUGUGACAAGUGAAACAUUGGCUAAUUUUUUUUGCAUGUGUGUAAGUAUGUCUGGGGUAUGGGUUUUUGUUAGCAAUGUAAAAAGGUACUGGCAUAUCUUAAUAAUCUGCUUGAUAUAGAGUCUGAACGUACUUUGUAGAUGUCCACUUUUGAUAAAUUAUAAAAAGAGCUAAAUGAUUAAACAUCUUUAAGAUGACAGUCUAAUAUGUAUGAUACUAUAUCAUUAUUGUUAUUAUCA